AUGGCUUUGUGCCAACAGUGGGCCGUUGGGGAAGUGAAUGGCCAAGUUGACUCGAGACAGCAGAAACAUGGUGCCAGCCACAAGGGCAGGCACGAGGGCCCUGGAUCAGGGGUGUGCCGUUACCCUUGCCGGUUUUAUAAGGACUAUAUUGCAAGUGGAGAAACUGUUUUGGAGAGAUUCUAUCAUAAAUAUCAACCAUUGAUAACACGUGAACAUCAUACUUGUGUGGGUCUAGGAUUUGAAUUACUAUACCGUUUAAAAUGUUUGAAUAAAAGAUUUCCUGGCAUAGCAAGUGGUUUCUAUUUAGUGUCUUGUGAAGAGACGAUCGAUAAUGUUGCUAAUUAUGUUGGAGGACCACCUGCUGCAGAUAGUGGUGAAAAAGAACAUGUAUUAGUGUGCCUGAAAAUUAAAAUUGGCGGACGACAAGGAGUUAUGCUACUUGAUCCUGGAUAUCAUGUAGCUCGAGUAAUUACUAUAAUGGAGGAUAAAUUAUAUCCACAUACAGGCUGGUUUAUUCAAUCUGAUGAACCAGAUUGUAAAAAAGAAUAUAAUUACUUUUUAUGCAGUAACGAUCCUGAUUAUAUUGAAUGGCAUGAAAGAAAAACACGAUCUGAUACUUUAGAAAGAACACAAGUUGCUCUUAUAUAUGUGGCAAGGCCUUAUUUAACUGCCAUUGAUGUUACGGAACGCAGAAAUUUAGUUUAUAACUUCAGAAGUCUUCUUGCAAGAGAUACUAAAGGUCAUGUUACAGCUGGUUUAUAUUUUCCUGUUGUGCUGGAUAUAAACAAUGCACAAAGUUUUACAAUUUUUUAUCAAACUAAUAGUGGCAAAAGACGAAUCAAAAUGGCAUUUAAUAAAUUCUGCAGUUCACCAAAAAUAAAUCCUGAUACUGAAGAAAAAGAAAUUAUCGCCGAAUGUGCCCGGCAGUUAGGUCUUUUACAAGAUUCCUUAGAAGAUCUGCUAUCUGCUCUUGCUACAGUUAUGAGCGAUUCAGCCUUUGUGGCUCAAUUACUGGCUAUUAAUGCAAGAAUCAACAGUUUGGCAGAGGACAAUUAACACAAGUCAAUCUGCCCUGUGCGGUGCAGACAAUAUAUAAUAUAUCAUUUCUUUUGUCAGCUUUUCUCUUAUGUUUUUUUUGUUUUAUUGGUAAUUAUGUUAAUAGUUUUAUUAUGUAUUACAGAUGUUAAUUUUAUUCUUGUUAUAAAAUAAGGUAUAUUUUUUUAAUGAAUUUUAAUAAAAUUAUAUUUUACAUAUUAUUGUUAAUAAUUCAAUGAAAACGUUAAUUAAUUGCAUUAUAUAAUUUUAAAAUUAUUUUUAGAAUUUAGUAAUAGCAUAUACAUUCAUAUAUCAUUCUUUAUUAUUAUUUACAUAAAUAUUUAAUUGUAGAUGAUUUUAAAAUCUUAGAAAAAUAAAUGUUUUCAUUGAAACAUUAUUAAGUAAAAUUAAUUUCUAUUUAAAAGAAAAUUAUGAAAAGAGGUACUAUGAAUGGCUUAUAUUUUUUUUGUUUUUAAUAUAAAGAAAUGAAUUAAGUUAUACUAAAUCUAUAAUUUUUAUUGAAAUAAAUAAUGACAAAAAUUA